ACGAGUGAGGCCACAUUCUUUUACAUUUGAAUGUUGCUGCUUCUUAUUAUUGUUUAAUCGCAGCCAACGCAUCGUCCUCGUUGUUGUCCCUCGCCUUUCCUUUCAGUUAUGUUUUUGCUUCCGUUGCUGCGACGACCAUAUCAUCGGCAGGCAUCUUAACGAAGAUGAGCCCUUCUUUUCACAAAUGUGGGCUUUUUUGUUUUUUUCUAAUCAUCCGGGAAUUGUCCUGUAAAGGCCCGUCCCUUCCCCCGAGCCCGGUUAACGUCAGCUUCUCGUCGCUGAACCUGAGGAACGUGCUUCAGUGGAACCCAGGCGACGGAACUCCGGAUGGCACACGCUACACCGUCCAGUUCGCUUUCUACGGCGACAGCGUGGAGGGCAGCAAAGGCAAGCGGGUCAACUGGAGGCCCGUGCCUCGGUGCAAGGAAACGGCGAGGACGUGGUGCGAUUUGAGCCGCGAGACGUGGGACCUGCAGCAGGAGUACUACGGGCGGGUGCGCGCCGUGGGCUCCGCUCUUUCCAAAUGGGUCGUGACGCACAGGCGCUUCAAUCCAAAAUCUGACACUACGUUCGGGCAACCUCAAAUCUCGGUGGAAGUGAAGGACAACAACGCCAUCAUCUACCUGACCGGACCAAUCAGGUACCAGCCAGACGACCACGCCCCGCCCAUUUCCAUGGCUACCAUCUACCCGCAGAUGACCUAUAAUUUGUCAGUCUACAAUAUGCGCCAAGAGCAGGUGCACCAUUUUCCAGUCACCUUCAGCCCAUACAAAUACAGGCUGAUGGAUUAUGACACGGAAUACUGCUUCAGUGCAAAAACCAGAUUGCUUUCCUUGCACUUCCACUGCCACCAGUCAGAGAGGCACUGCAUCACCACGAGCAAAGAUCCUGUUACCGGCCAGGUGCGGAUGGUGGUUGUGGGUAUUGUGGUUCCGUCGCUGUGCAUCUGCAUUCUUCUGGUGGUCGGCUACGUUCUCUAUCACUACCUGAUGGGGAAUGGACAGAAAAGACCCAAUACCCUGGACUUGUUCUUGAUUCGACAUCAAACCAUGCCCUUACCGCACGACCCCAUCACCCCCCUCAAAAGCGGGCGCUCUUCGGACGACGAGGACAACGGCGCAUCAGACUGCGGACCUUCCAACGCCAUCUGGCAUCCGGAGCCAGGAGAACCCUGCGAUUACUUGCCGAGCUACGGCGUGGUCGGGGUGGCUACGACGGAGGGCGGUGAACAGGGCGACGCCCAUCCCGAAGAGUUGCGCGUUAAGAAUGCCAGCCAACCCGCGUCUCAGUGCUACUUGCCGCAAGCGCAAAGCAGACAACCUCUGGAAAAUGUCGCCCAAACUCAGGCAGACUUCCCAACGUGUUAUUUGGCGAAUACGCCUCCAAAUGUGCCAGUGACCAAGGGGAAGGAGGUGACAGGGAGUCCAUACCAGAUGCGAAGGGAAGACAUUCAAAGCACGCCACCCCCUUUCGCCUGCCACGCUGGUUCCUCGAAGCUAACCGCUGACAACUAUGGCGUCCUCGUGCCGACGGUCGCCGAGCAAGACGAGGAGGCAGGACCGCUCUGUAUUGACUGGGACCCUCAAAUGAGGCAGCUGGUGCUGCCGGGGCUGGAGACGACGAGUCGGGGGGAGGGCGAAGGAGGCGGCGAGAAGGUGGCAAAUGGCGAUCUGAGGGUGGAAAAGGUGUUCGUCAGGCAAGCGUCAAGGGAAGAGGCGGGGCCGCGGCCGGCGGGCGCUGCAGGCUGGGAGGUGGACGAAAUUGCCAAAAAAUGGAACUUGGUCAUCUCCAGUGAAUGAGUAGCACUGCCUUAACACACUGACCUGUGGCAUGGGCUCUUCUUGCCUUCCACUGUUGCACCUUUUUGAGUCUUCGGGGCCACCGCACUUGGACUUGGAGCUGCGUGAAAGUGCGUCGAAACCCAGCUGGCCCGGCGAGUAACGUGCGUGUCAGGAAACGAGUCUGUCGAGUUGAUUGGUUUUUACCCGGCGAACCCGCCAGCCAGUGUGCAUGUUGAGUGACUUGUGGCCAUCCAAAUGUGCUGAUUACGUGUUUGUUUUCACGUUUCACCCCCCCCCCCCCCCAAUAAAGCGAUUGAAAAUGUA